AUGAAAGACAAAGCAUCUUCUGAGAAAUACAGCACAGAGUCAGACCACUCCAAUGAAGGAGUGGUUCCUACACAACCAACAAAUACCCAGUCCAGUAGGUGGACUGGAUUCAAAGAUUCCUUCAAGAGAGUCGAGAUAGACAACCAAACAACUUACGACCUUAACGAUAUAGAAAGGGCUAAUGCAGCUACCUCCCAGGGUGAUUUGCACAGACGCCUUGAAAAUAAGCAUAUUCAAAUGAUUGCUCUUGGUGGAGCUGUGGGAACAGGGUUAUUGAUUGGAUCUGGAGGAAGUUUAAGAACCGGUGGUCCAGCUGCCUUGUUGAUCGCAUGGGGCUUGGUUGGUACAAUGGUCUUUUGCAUUAUCCAUGCUCUAGGUGAAUUGUGUGUAGCUUUCCCAGUUAAUGGGGCCUUUUCAACUUAUGCUACCAGAUUCGUUGAUUCCAGUUGGGGGUUUGCUGUAGGCUGGAACUAUGCUCUUAUGUGGUUGAUAGUGAUGCCUCUUGAGUUGGUUGCUGCUGCCAUGUGUAUUCUGUACUGGAAUUCUAGCAUCAAUCCUGUAGCCUGGGUGGCUAUUUUCUACGUUUUAAUCAUGGGAAUCAACUUGUUUGGAGUCAGAGGCUAUGGCGAGGCCGAAUUUUACUUAACAAUCGUCAAAGUCAUAGCUAUUGUUGGGUUUGUUAUACUUGGUGUAGUGUUAGUCUGUGGAGGUGGACCCAGCAAGCAAUUUAUUGGAGCUAAAUACUGGAAUGAACCGGGGGCUUUUGCACAUGGAUUUAAAGGUGUUGCUACUACUUUCAUCACGGCUUCGUACUCGUUAGCAGGAUCUGAAAUGGUGGGUUUGACUAGUGCAGAGGUAGACAACCCCAGAAAGGUAUUACCAAAGGCAGUCAAGCAGGUUUUCUGGAGACUUUUCUUGUUUUACUUCUUGUCUUUGACAUUUGUUGGUUUGCUUGUUCCUUACAAUUCUCCAGAUUUACUUGGAAGCGGUGGAACUUCUACUUCUCCAUUUGUCAUUGCUAUCAAGAACGGAGGUAUUCAUACCCUUCCCUCUAUCUUCAACGCAGUUAUUUUGAUCUCCGUCAUCUCUGUAGGUAACUCAGCUGUCUAUGGAUGUUCCCGUACCAUUCAGAGUUUAGGUGCUCAAGGUUUAGGUCCUGAGAUUCUUGGUUAUGUUGACAGGAAGGGUAGACCCUUGGCCGGAAUUGCAUUUUCUGGAGUAUUUGGGUUACUCUGUUUCCUUUCAGCAUACAAAAACAAGGAUGAGGUUUUUGGAUGGCUAUUGAGUGUCUCUGGUCUUGCAACGAUCUUCCUGUGGUUCAAUAUUGGCUUAUGUCAUAUUAGAUUCAGAAUGGCUCUCAGAGCUCAAGGCAUGUCUACAGAUGAAUUGAUGUUUACUUCAAUUGCCGGGGUAUGGGGCUCUAUCUAUUCUAUGGUGCUUUUGAUAGUUGUUCUAGGUGUGCAAUUCUGGACUGCAUUGUUCCCCAUUGGUAGCAAUGGCAAACCAAAUGCAAAGAACUUCUUCCAGAACUACUUGGGGUCUAUCGUUAUUCUCAUUUUCUACUGCGGUCACAAAUUAUGGACCAGAAACUGGAGAUUCUACGUUAGUUUGAAGGAUAUUGAUUUGAUAACGGGAAGAAGAGAUGUCGAUUUGGACGUCAUCAGAGCAGAAAUCGAAGAUGAGAAAAGAGUAAACAAGACGAAGCCAUUUUACAUUCGUGUGUGGAACUAUUGGUGUUAA